GUAGUAGGCAAGUUAUUAAAAAGUGGUGGUUAAGAAAGAGGCAUCUAGAGAAGAGUAUAACUCUCUGUAAGACUAAUACUCAGGCUGACAUACAAAGUCCCAGCAGGUCAGGUCAUACAUCGCGCCAGUGGUGGCUACUCCACGGCGCCAAAGCCUUGUAUCCUAGCACAACAGAUUACAUGGAACUUUUUGCGCCCCCCACCUGCAAACGUGACAUGGCGUCUUCGAGACCGGCAAUCUCGGCAUUCGCUUCAUUUCUACUCGGAAUUACCGAUGCCCAGUUUACUCCAAUCCAUCAAUUGAUGGUUGUGGUCGAGCUACAUCGCGCUCGAUCAUGGCUAUCAGAUCCGCUGGUAUUCACGCAAGCAGCUGUGAUCGGGUCCAUCGUCUUCGUUUUUCUUUUAGGUCUCUACAAUUACUUCCUGCAUCCGAUUGCACAUAUCAAAGGUCCCUUCCUCGCUGCCGUGACGCCGAUAAGCCUCAUCAGGUCUGUAGCAGGCCAUCGUCUAAAUAAUGACAUCAAAGCCUUGCACCAUAAAUAUGGUCAUGUAGUGCGUAUUGCUCCUAAUGAGCUUUCUUUUUCAUCUGAGAGGGCCCUGAGGGACAUACACAACCCCGGCCCGGACAGCCACCAUUUUACUAAGAGGGGUACCUCGGAAGAUUUGAUUCUGCGAUUUGUUUUUGGUGCCAAGAACAUCCUCCUUGUCGACGAGGGUGAGGAUCACAAGAGGCUUAGAGGAGCACUUCAACCAGCAUUUACAGCAAAGGCCAUGAGGGAUCAGCAGGACAUAACCCAUUACCAUGUGCAAAAGACUGUUGAGAGACUGUUAGAAGCUGCGAUGGACCCCUCACAGACAAUCAGCCUUACAAAGGAGCUGAACAAGUUGGUGUGGGGUAAUGUGGGAAACCUCGCGUUUGGAGAACCUGCGACACUGGAGCAACUUGAACAUCAUGAAAAGGCGAAAGAUUUGCAUGCACAGAUUGCUCCAAUUCUUGAGUUUUUUCAAUAUCUCAACGGGAACCCAAUUCUAGGGCUCGCAGCGAGGGGCUUAGUCGGAAUAUCUAGAAAGGUCUUUGGCCUAUCUGGCAAUAUCCUGGGAAAAGACCAGCUCCGACGGCAUAUAGCGUCUCAACAAGGACAAAAGAAUUUCCUCACUGCCAUCCUGGGGGCCAAGGAAUCGUCAGGUCUCAGCUUUGAUGAAAUCCAUAGCAACAUGCUACUACUCUUAAUGGGUGGCUACGACAGCAGCGCCGCGUCUCUGUCUGCCAUCUUUUACUACCUUCUUCGGGAGCCGCAGCAAUACAAGAGACUCCAGUCUGAGCUGCACCACGCUUACUCCUCAGUAAAUGAUAUCACCUGCAAUAGUCUCCUGUCACAGCCGAUGCUCAACGCCUGUAUCAAUGAGAGCCUGCGUCUCGUGCCACCGUUCAAUGGCCACGGUAGCCACCGCAUCACCACGUCCGGGACCAUGAUUGACGGCGUCUGGGUCCCGGCCGGUACACUGAUCAGUGCUGACUUUUAUUCUCUCCACCGCGAUCCCAGCUGCUGGGCCUUCCCGGAUGAAUAUCGGCCUGAGCGCUGGCUCAAAGAGCAUCAAGGGCCGGGCACGCCAUUUGAGAAGGAUGUCAGGACUGCGUGGCGGCCCUUUUCACUGGGACCUCGCGUCUGUGUUGGGCGUGAGAUGGCGCUCCAGUCCAUUCGGCUGGCUGUUGCCAAAAUUGUCUACACAUUUGACAUGACACUGGCCAACCGCGACUUUGUGUGGGAUAGGGACGCAGGUAGUCAUUAUAUGUGGCAUGAUUUCGACAUUGCCGUUACGGUUGCUAAGGCCUAA